AUGUGCCACGCAGGCCUGCGGAGCCACGCACGCGUCCACGCGGCCCGGAGCCCCGGUGGCGCCACGGCUGCUCAGCCCCGCGCUCCGGGUACGCACCGGUGCGGCGUGUGCGGGAAGAGCUUUGGCAAGAGCUCCACGCUCACACGACACCUGCAGACGCACUCGGGCGAGAAGCCUUUCAAGUGCCCGCAGUGCGGAAAGGGCUUCCUGGAGAGCGCCACGCUGGUGCGCCAUCAGCGCACGCACACGGGUGAGAAGCCUUAUGCGUGCGGCGACUGUGGGCGCCGCUUCAGCGAAAGUUCCACCCUGCUGCGCCACAGGCGCAGCCACCAGGGGGAGCGGCCGCACGCGUGCGCCACGUGUGGCAAGGCCUUCGGGCAGCGCUCCGACCUCGUGGUGCACCAGCGCAUUCACACGGGCGAGAGGCCCUUCCCGUGCGCCGAGUGCGGCCGCCGCUUCAGCGACCGCUCCGACCUCACCAAGCACCUGCGCACGCACACGGGCGAGAAGCCCUACGGCUGUGAGCUGUGCGGCCGACGCUUCACGUGCGUGUCCAACCUCAACGUGCACCGGCGCAACCACGCGGGGCUCAAGCCGCACAAGUGCCCCGAGUGCGGCAAGGCCUUCGGCGUGGGCUCCAAGCUGGCGCUGCACCGCAAGACCCACCUGGGCGAGCGGCCGGCGCAGUGCGCCGAGUGCGGCAAGUGCUUCAGCCACAGCCGCUCGCUGUCGCAGCACCAGCGGGCCCACGCGCGCGCUCGGGCCGCCGCCCAGGCUGCCCAGGCCACGGCGGGGGCUGCGCUCAUCUUUGCCGGGCAGGCAGGACAGGAGAAGCCGGACUCUCUGUGUCCCAGUUGA